AUGAUCAACACUCAUCUACAGGUACAUGGCGCAGAUUCCUCACCUGUGUUUGUCUGCCAAGAGAGUAAACAGAAGGGCAGCUGUACAACACAGAAGAAGCAUUGUUGCUCUGAAUGUGGCAAACGAUUCUAUGGUAGUAACCAUCUUCAGAAACACAUGAGAACUCACACUGGAGAGAAGCCAAAUUGUUGCUCUGAUUGUGAUAAACAGUUCUACAGCAGUGGCCAUCUUAAGAAACAUGUAAGAAUUCACACUGGAGAAAAGCCAUAUUGCUGUCCUGAAUGUAAUAAACGAUUUGCCACCCAUAGUCAUCUACAGAAACACACAAGAAUUCAUACCGGAAAGAAGCCGUAUAGCUGUCCAGAAUGUGACAGACUAUUCUUCACCAGUAGCAAUCUUCAGUUUCAUAAAAGAAUCCACACUGGGGAGAAGCCAUACACCUGUUCAGAAUGUCAUAAGAAAUUCACCACAUACAGCUAUCUGCAGAUACACCGAACAAUUCAUACUGAAGAGAGGCCGUAUUGUUGUUCUGAAUGUGGUAAAUGAUUCUCCCUCAGGAGCAGUCUUUUAAGUCAUGCAAAGAUGCACACUGGAGAGAAGCCAUAUUGUUGUUCUGAAUGUGACAAGCGAUUCUUCACACAUUGGCGUCUACAAAGCCACAUGAUAAUUCACACUGGAGAGAAGCCGUAUACCUGUUCUGAAUGUGGCAAACAAUUCUUCACCAAAGGUGGGGUUCAUUGUCAUAUGAGACUUCACACUGGAGAGAAGCCCUAUUGCUGCUCAGAAUGUGGCAAACGUUUCUCACUGAGCAGAAGUCUUCACAGCCACACCAGAAUCCACACUGGUGAGAAACCACAUUGCUGUUCUGAAUGUGGCAAGCGGUUCUCCUCCAGUAGCAAUCUUCAGAAACACAGAAGGAUUCACAGAAGAGAAACUAACCCCUCAGAGAAGAGGCAUCGUUGUUCUAAAUGUGGAAAACAAUUCUCAAACAGUAGCAAUCUUAAUGUUCACACAAGAAUUCACACGGGAGAAAAGCCAUAUCACUGUUAUGAAUGUGGGGAACAAUUCUCUACCCGUAGCAAUCUUAAGAAACAUAUAAGAAUUCACACUGGUGAAAAGCCAUACAAUUGUUCAGAAUGUGGUAAACAAUUCACCCUCCAUAGCAAUCUUCAGAUACACACAAGAAUUCAGAGUGGAGAAAAGCCAUAUUGCUGUUCAGAAUGUGGCAAAAGAUUUUCGUAUUGUAGCAGUCUGUACACCCACAGAAUGAUUCACACCGGAGAGAGGCCAAUGUAACAAACAAUUCUCCACCAGUGGCCGUCUACUAAAACACAAAAGAAUUCACACAGGAGAGAAACCUUAUUGCUGUUCUGAAUGUAAUAAGCAAUACUCUGACAAGGGCAGUCUUUUGAAACACACCAGGAUUCAUACUAAAAAUGUCACCAAGAGUUAAACGUGAAGAACUGCAAGAAAGGUAAAAAGCCAGUAAUGGUAAGAGUGAAACUUGCAAACAAGAAUUGCGUAUUACACAAAAGGUUUAUCACACGCCUGUACAAAAUUCAUCCUUUCGUAAUAAACGUCUUCUCAGCAUUUUUACCCUUCAGCAUAAAAACUCUAUAAUGUCAUCACAGCAAAAUCUAAAUUAAGAUUCUAAAUUUGCAAAGAAUUUCAAUAUAUUAAGGAGGCUCUCUAAAACUGGCAUUACUGUCUGUAUGGCUUUAAACCCACUGAACGCCUUCUUCAUCAACCAA